AUGGAGCGCCAGCAGAAGAAACAGACUUUUCAGCAUGACCCUAGAGCUCUCUACCAAGAUCAUUUUGUUUCGGUGCUCUAAAAAUUUGAAACAUAACAUGUAAAAAACGUUUUGCAGGUCCGUCCGGACUGUCUGGUAAUCAAGCAAUAUUUCAUCCCUUCGAUGCUACCCUUUGAAAUUCCAUGGGAUCAAUUGGAAUCUGUAUUUUGUUCUCAAAUUUUUCUCAAUACCCCUUUUUUGUUGCAGCUAGUGUACAAUCCUCAAAUCCAGGAAGACAAGACGAAAGUGCGCGAUAAAGGAAUGGACGAGGAAGGAAGGUGGUGGGCAACUGAUGUGUUGAGGUGAGCAGAUUGUAUUGUUAUGAAAUACGGAAACACUAACACCUUCAGAGCACACGAAAGAGAACUUCGCCUGUACAAUGUGCGAAUUGAAGCGGAUUGUGAGCCGCGCAAGUCGGGAUUCACUGUCAUUCACAUCGAUCAGUUCUUGAAGGCAUGCCGCCCGUUGAUCCCCUACUCUUGCCACCUGUCCGGAUGUGUUUGGUCCGAAUAA